AUCACGUGUCUACUCCAACCUGCCCUAUGUGGUGUCCGGAGUGUGUUUCUGGUUCCUAGCUGUUCAGAAGAGUAAAGUUAUGGAGCAGAUCAACAGGAUAGGGAAGGGUGUGAAACAUGAUUUUGCUAUUUUCAACGCUCUGGCUUUUAUAACUGCGAUAAUUGGAAUAGCAUCAGCGAUGUACCACGUUUGCCCCAACCAAACCACCUCCCGUAUCGAUAUGUACUUUAUCGAGAUCCUGCUAGGUUACUACUCUCUGAAAUUGUACCAAUCCAGGGUUCCUGAUAUCAGGGCUGUCUACUACGCUCCCGCUAUAAUUGUAUGUGUUUUAAGUGCUGUGGAGCGGGUACUAGGUGGAUCACAACUCUCCUGGAAUCUGCUCGCUGGUUUCCAUCUUUCCUUUACUCUCUGGGUCUCCAUCCAGCUGUUCUUCCUAGGAAAAUGUGCGAUGAACCCUUGGACUAUGUACAAAGAGUGGAGUUCAGUGUCCAACAAGAUCAAGGAAGCUAAAGGUAAACCAGAGUUCAAGUUCCAAGCUGGCUUCUUCGGUGUUGGAAUCCUUGCAACCUCAAUCAUCGCCGGCUCUGCGAUUGGAGGGUACUGGACAGAACAAACAAUGUACAACGUGGUGGCCCUGUCUACCGACAUCGUGAUAUACAUCAUGUACUACGUGGUUACAAAGUGUGUGUUGAGAAAGGAGAAGCUGAGAACCCAUGUUGUUGUAAUAAUUGCUGCGAGCUUCUUUACCUGGGCCGUAUCCUUUAUUUUCUUCUUCUUCUACAAGAAUAUCAACACUUCCGUUAGCCCUGCAGAAUCCCGAUGUUUGAACCGCGCCUGUUUGGGCGGUUUUAUUGACGGUCACGACUUGUGGCACUGUCUGUCCGCCACAGCCAUCUUCCUGACCAACGUAAUGAUCUUACUGAUGGACGAUGACUUGUUGGAUAUGAAGACUGAGGACACUUACUUCUAGGAUGUUCUAGAUGCGUAGAAUGUUCUAGAACCUGGAAGUUUCCAGGAUUGUUCAGACUGUUAUACCCAGUGAUUGAUAACAGUAAGAUAAACUCUUUCAUAAUAAUAUGAUGUUCCCUUGUCCAAGAUAAUCACAGUUCCUACUUGGGUUAUUUCUCGAGUCUUAUCUUGUUGUUGUAAGUCACACUGCGCUGGUUUCAGUCAAAUGUGGCUGUUUCUGCUCUUGGCAACAGGGUAUACAUAGUGGGUAUGAUUACUGUCGCUGUUUCUCUGCGGUACAGUCAAUUUUGGCCCAUCUAUAUAUUAUAUAUUAUACGUUUAUCAUUGCGUGUGAUAUUAUAUACUGGCGAAUUACAAUUUGUGAUUACUGUUACAACUUUCCGUAUGGAACGAAUUUUAUAUUAUUUCAAACUUUAAAUCAUCAAGCAGUUGGAAUACAAAAUUGCUUGUCUGGUUAAUUAUUUAAUUAAUUACUUCCCCUUAUGUUAAUGGGUGACGUUCGUAUUUUUUUCACGUCAAACGAAGAUAAGGGAUUUAAAUGAAGUUUGGUUGUGGUAAACAUGGUCCUUGCUGAUUGGCUAGCUUGUGUCACAUUUGCGCUGCUUUUCUCUUCGCGUGCCCAUGUUUGUCAGAGCGAGACUGCGAACUGUGGAGUAUUUGAUUUAACUUUUUGCAGAGACUGCGAAUAAUGUUUGAACCAUGGACAAAUUUUUGACGUUAAAAAUUUCUUCAUUUUUAGAUUUGAUUGUUCAUUAUAUAUUUUUUCUUGAUAUGCCAGUGAAUUAUUCAUAAUGAAAACUAAAUUGGUAUUGAAAGAUUUUGAAAAACGUAUCGAAAAUUAUCAUUGUAAAAUUAACGGAAUCAAUUUGAUUUUUGUCUUUUAACCAAUCAUAGGUUCAUACCGUUCACGUGCAGUAGCUUUCAUUACACACAAGUGCUUCACAUUUUUUUCCUGUUAUUUGCUAUCUUUUAAUCAUGAUUAGAUUGAUUUUAGAUGAGUAUAAGAUAUGUCUUCGCUUAAAAUCUCCUGAUCCUGGUUUGGGUUUAAUUAUAUUGCACGAUAAACAUUUUUAACCGCUACAAGUGUGCGAUCGAAAUCCUGAGGAAAUAUAAUGGCAAACAUUGUUUUCACAGAUCGGGUAUCCUGGACUGAUUCGAAUAAAUCUUGAAGUUGACCCCAGCCACGAUCUCAGUUAGGGGUCGUUCGCAUUUUACCUAAUCACUUUUUCGAACAUUUUUACCCCCGCCCGUAAUCAGUUUUACACAUGGCUAUUGUGUCAAAAUGACACUAACGUAAUUAUUUGGAACCCCCCCCCCCCCCCCCCCCCCCCCCCCCCCCCCCUCGACUGAUUACGUAAUAUGUGAACGACCCAUUAUUCGUUCCUACAGUUAAUAAAUAUAAUAUGGUAGCUGAAAAUAUUUAACAAUACGUCUUUUUAGUAGACCUAAAAAUCUUAAAAUGACAAAAAUAGUAUCAAAUAUGAGUAUGUACAGUCAGUAAUUUGACAAAGCUAAAGGAUUGCUUCGGGUCAUGGCUUGUCGUGUUCAAGGCCAAUUUCUCCAAUACGAGACUGAUCGAAGUGGCUUCUUCUAGUCAAACGAAGCAAUCCUUAUUUUAACUUUUGUUUUCCGUUCGCUAAACAGUUACAUCGUCCCUUAUUGUAUAAGUAUAAAAAUCUUGAUCUUGGCUCUAAUAGAAAUGUAAUUGUAACCGUUUAGUGUUUGGACUGUUGCGUUGUAUGUUCACAUUUGAGUCAAUAAAACUUUUAGAUAU